AUGGCGGCCAAGCGCAGCACGUCGCGCCUGUUCCGCGACGACCACGAGGCGCCGCGCGUCGACCUCACGCCCGUCGUGGCGGCCGCAGCGGCCGUCGGCGGCACGGCGGCCGACAGCGCGCUGCACUCGAGCACGAGCGGCUACAACACGCUCGGGAGCCCCGCGCUGCUGCAGUCGCCGCGCCAAGGGCGCCAGAGCAGGGCCAGUAGGCGCGCGCUAGGGGACGGGGACGCAAAGGUACCCGACCCCGCGCUCGGGCGGCGCGCGUACUUAUCGCAGCACUCGUCGAGCACCGCACUGGCGGGCGACAAAAAGAGCGCCGGGGGCGCUCCGACCGCGGCGUCGACAACCGCUGCGUCGUCGACGGCCGACGCGCCGCCGGCGCAGCUGCGCGAAGUGUACCUCAACUACGCGCCGGGCAACGCGCCGUUCGACAAGUGCUCGAACGUCGUCGUGACGUCCAAGUACUCGCUCGUGACGUUUCUGCCCAAGUUCCUGAAGGAGAGUUUCACCAAAGUGGCCAACUUUUUCUUCCUCAUGGUCUGCGUGCUCCAGAGCAUCCCGAGCAUCAGCAACACGUACGGCUACCCGACGAACGCGCCCGUGCUGUUCUUUGUCAUUUCCAUUGACGCCGUGUUCGCCGUCAUGGAGGACCUGCGGCGCCACGCGUCCGACAAGGAGGCGAACGCUGCCACGUGCCACGUGGUCGCGCACGGCCGCACGGUGGACCGCAAGUGGGCCGACAUUCAAGUCGGCGACUUUCUCCAGAUCUACAACCGCGAGGUCAUUCCCGCUGACGUGCUCGUGCUGGCCGUGGCCGAGCCCGUGGGCGAACCCCCGAGCGGUAUUUGCUACGUCGAGACCAAGAGCCUGGAUGGCGAGACCAACUUGAAGCUGCGGCAGGCCGUGGCCGCGACCAUGAGCUCGCUGUCGAACGCCGCAGAGCUCGCGCUGCUCCGCGGCGUCGUCAAGUGCGAGCGGCCGAACCCGCACAUUAACAAGUUUGCAGGCAAAGUCGAAGUCACGGUCGGCGACGGCUGUGGCGUCGAAGUCGUGCCGCUCUCGGUCAAGAACGUGCUGCUGCGCGGGUGCAACUUGCGCAACACGGACUGGGUCUUUGGCCUCGUGCUCAACACGGGCAACGACACGAAGAUCAUGCAGAGCGCGAGCGCCGCGCCGUCCAAGUGGAGCGACCUCAUGCUCAGCAUCAAUCGCAUGAUUGUGUUUCUGUGCCUGGGGCUGUUUGUCGCGUGCGCCGUGGCGGCGUCGUGCUACGUCACGUGGCAGUACGAGAUCGUGCGCCACACGUGGUACAUCAAGCUAUCGGAAGCCGAGCGAACGCGCUCGCGCUUUGUCGCGUUCAUCCAGAUGAUGUUCUACUACUUCUUGCUGCUCUACCAGGUCAUUCCCAUCUCGCUCUACGUGUCGAUGACGACGGUCAAGUUCCUGCAGUCUCGAUUCAUGGCGUGGGACCUCGAAAUGUACCACGCAGAGUCGGACACGCCUGCUAUUGUGCGAACGAUGGAGUUGAACGAAGAGCUGGGCCAGAUCUCGUACGUGUUCAGCGACAAGACGGGUACGCUGACAUGCAACGUCAUGGAGUUCCGCCGAUGUUCCAUUAACGGUACUUCGUACGGCUCGGGCCUCACGGAAAUAGGGCGCGCUGCGCUAACACGCGCUGGAAAGCCGAUCCCGGCCGAGCCUCGGCUGGACCUGAAUGUGAAGAAGACUCCGUUUGUGAACUUUGUGGACAAGUCACUUUUUGAUGCAAUGGAGGGCAGUGCGGGUGAGGAGCAGAAGGAAAAGAUCUUGCAGUUUUUCGAGCACCUGGCCGUGUGCCACACGGUGAUUCCUGAGAAGCUGGAAUCCGGUGAGAUCCGUUUCUCGGCGUCAUCGCCCGACGAACAGGCUCUUGUGGCUGGUGCAGCUUUUGCAGGGUUCAAGUUUGAGAGUCGCAGUGUUGGAACGGCUGUGGUGAAUGUAUUAGGAGAGCGCGUGACGUACAACGUGCUCGAUGUGCUUGAGUUCACUAGUACACGAAAGCGCAUGUCCGUUGUGGUGCGGAAGCCGACCGGGGAGCUGCUGCUGUACACGAAAGGGGCUGACAUGAUGAUCUACCAGCGCCUGAGAGACGACCCCGCAAUGCUGAGACUCAAGAACAUCACACGUGAUCAUAUGGAGAAAUACGCGGACGAUGGGUUGCGUACUUUGGCGCUUGCAGUGAAACCGCUCGACGAGAGCUGGUUCCAGCAAUGGAAGACACGGUUUGACGACGCACAGGGUAGUGUGGCUGAACUCGAUCGACGCAAAGAUGGCAAGAAGAAUGCGAUUGAUGAUUUGAUGGAAGAGAUCGAAGAGGGACUGGAGCUCAUUGGCGCAACGGCAAUCGAAGACAAACUGCAGGACGGCGUUCCGCAGUGCCUCGCAAAUUUGACUCGAGCAGGAAUUAAGGUGUGGAUGCUAACGGGCGACAAGGAGGAGACAGCGAUCAACAUCUCGUACGCGUGCUCGUUGCUCGACAAUUCGAUUCAGCAAGUCAUUAUAAAUGCCACCACGUGUCCGGACGAAGCAUCGCUUCGUGCGAGAUUAAGCGCAGCAACUAGUGAGUUUUUGGACAAUUCGAAAGGUAUGGCAGGUGGCGCAGAGAAGGAAGUGUCGCUGGUGAUUGACGGCGAGGCAUUGGAAAUGGCGUUGAGCCCGGACUCUGCGCCGCAUUUGCUAGCGUUUGCCAAGUUGUGCCGCGCCGUGAUUUGCAACCGCGUGUCUCCUGCCCAGAAGGCAGAGAUGGUGAAACUUGUUCGAGAGAACAUCACAACCGUGCGGACCUUGGCUAUUGGAGAUGGAGCCAACGAUGUUGCCAUGAUUCAGGCCGCUCAUGUCGGCGUGGGCAUCUCGGGUCAAGAAGGCAUGCAGGCGGUAAACUCGAGCGACUACGCCAUCGCCCAGUUCCGUUUUCUCGAGCGCCUGUUGCUGGUGCACGGCCGCUGGAAUUACAUCCGCAUUUCCAAGCUGGUGCUGUACAUGUUCUACAAGAACAUUACACUUGUUAUGGUGCAGUACUGGUAUGGCUACCUCUCGGGUGCUUCCGGCUCCAAGCUGUACUGGGAGAUCGGUGUUCAGCUGUACAAUAUCGCUUUCACGGGCCUGCCGAUUGUUGUCGUGGGUGUGCUCGACAAGGACUUGCCAGCGCCAUUCAGCAUCGAUUACCCGGACCUGUACCGUCGUGGCCCAGAUCGGUUUUACUUCAACAUGUAUACAUUUUUCCGCUGGAUUGCCGCUGCUUUCUAUGAAUCGCUGAUCAUCUUUGUCGUGAUGACGUUCGGCUUCAAUGCAUCGGACAAGGCGGCGGGCAGUGAAUCUCGCGUGGAAUUCGGCAUGGUCGCGUUCUCGCUGACGGUCUUGAUCGUGAACAUCAAGAUCUGGAUGAUUGCCGAUCGAUGGACCGUGCUGUCGUUCUCGUUGUGGUUUGGCAGCGUCAUGGCGUGGUUCCUUUUUGCGUCCAUCGGUACCCAGACGCCCUACAUUGCAACGUUCAAGGUCGGUUACGACGAGUUUGGCGCGUUUGCCCCUACUGCUAGGACCUGGGGGUACCUCUUGGUGCUGAUCAUGGGCUGCUCGCUCGCCCUCGGACGCCACAUUUCGUACAACCUCUUCCAGCGGACGUUCCAUCCGGACCUGGCUCAGCUCCUCCAGGAGUCGAUGGGAGGCUCUUCGCGCCACAAGUCUGAGCGCCGACUUACGAUCAACCACGUCGAGGAGCAGACGUUGUCCAUGUCACUGGACGACGUGCACACGACGAGUUACUUGAGUGACUUUGGACACACGGACGCCGACAUUGUCAAGAGGCAGCACCGUUCACGAAGCUCUGCAAGGACAUCACACGAGCAACAGCCAACAAAGGACCCGCCGAGCACGACCGGGACAUCAGGUAUGCCAGUCAAGUCGGGCGCGACGGAAUACUACACAGCCAACGUGUACAGCGAGCCGACGUCCGAGGAGACAACAUGGGACCGGGCGCCAUCGACGAUGCUCCGGCCGACGCCACGCCGCCGCACGACGGGCUACGCUUUCAGUUGCGACGAAGAGACGACGCUCGCCGAGUCGUACAUUGCGUCCAACUCGCUGCCCCGCUCGGACGCCAUUUCCAUUGCGAUGCGGAACUCAACGGGAGAUGCCAAUGGGCGUCGCUAUUCUCGCGCGCGUGUGCCUUCGUAG